CAGACUCAGAGCAAGCUCUCUCGUAAGAGGCAUUUGGCGGCAAGUAACAAGAUAAGAAUGAGAAUGGCGGCGGCGAGCAACGGCGCCCCCCUGGUGGUGUUCGACUUCGACAAGACCAUCGUCGACUGCGACAGCGACAACUGGGUCGUCGACGCCCUCGGCGCGACCCGCCGCUUCGACGAGCUCCUGCGCCACCUCCCAUGGAACCACGCCAUCGAUGCAAUGAUGGGCGAGCUGCACUCGGAGGGCAAGACGGCCGAGGACAUCAGAGGCAGCCUCAGAAGGGCGCCGCUGUCCCCGCACGUCGUCGCGGCCAUCAAAACCGCCUACGCCCUCGGGUGCGAGCUGCGCAUCCUGAGCGACGCCAACGCCUUCUUCGUCGACACCAUCCUCGCGCACCACGGCCUCGCCGACUACUUCUCCGGCACCGACACCAACCCGGCCCACGUCGACGCCGCCGGCCGCCUCAGGAUCCGCCCCUACCACGAGUUCGGCGCCGCCGCCCACGGCCACGGAUGCGCCCUCCCGACCUGCCCGCCCAACAUGUGCAAGGGCAAGGUGAUGGAGAGGAUCCUGCUCCAAGAAGAAGCAGCAGCCGCAGCCGCAGCCGCCUCGGCGAAGUCGCGGCGGCGGAGGGCCGUGGUGUACCUGGGCGACGGGCGGGGCGACUACUGCCCGUCCCUGAAGCUGCGGGGUGGUGACUACGUGAUGCCGCGGGCCGGCCACCCCCUGUGCGACCUCAUCGCGGCCUCGCCGCCCGCCGCCGCCGUCCGCGGGUGGGCCGGCUUCGAGGACCUCGCCAGGGUUCUCCUCGGCAUCGUCGACGGCGAGAUCGCCCGCGCCGCCGCGGAAGAAGGCGCUGGCGCGGGCGUCGUUGUCGUCGUGCCGGCGCGUCAGGAGGCGCUCAUGCCCCAGGCGGUCCGCGUGCCCAACUGAUUGAUGAUCGUUCUCUGAUACAGGUGGAUGCGUGGAAUAUGGCGCGCCAAAUUACUAGUAUUAAUAACUCCAGGCUCCAUCUAUUGUGCUGAGUGCUGACUGGAUCAUGCUGGAAAUCUGCCUCAAACUGAGAGCCAAUUAGUUGCUGGUUUCUUCGUGAUAUGUACUAGUAUUCCUAUGGAUCCACCCAAGAUAUCCAUUCCCUUGCUGCACGAUUCUGAGUGAUU